CCAAAAGUGACCAGCCAGCCAGCUAGAAGCCCACGACAACCGACUCGACAAACUACGGAACCCCUCCCCGACACCUCCAACACCACCGAAAACCAGCAAAUCAGUCGCAAUGGGUCGUCUUCACUCCAACGGAAAGGGUAUCUCGGCUUCCGCCAUCCCCUACUCGCGUAUUCCCCCGAGCUGGCUCAAGACCACCCCCGACCAGAUCACCGAGAAGAUCUGCCGUCUGGCGCGCAAGGGUUCCACGCCCUCGCAGAUCGGUGUUGAACUUCGUGACUCGCACGGAAUCGCCCAGGUCAAGGUUGUCACCGGAAACAAGAUCCUCCGUAUCUUGAAGGGACAGGGCCUUGCACCCGAGAUUCCUGAGGAUCUCUACAUGUUGAUCAAGAAGGCCGUUGCAGUCCGCAAGCACCUCGAGCGCAACCGCAAGGACAAGGACUCCAAGUUCCGUCUUAUUCUCAUUGAGUCGCGUAUCCACCGUCUGUCCCGCUACUACAAGUCGGUCGGCGUUCUUCCUCCCACCUGGAAGUUCGAGUCCGCCACUGCCUCUGCCCUUGUUGCUUAAUUAGGUGUUGGGGAAUAAAAAGUAGUUUUCACAAUGUUCUGUUUCUGGAGAAAUCAAUCAAGACUGUGAUCCCGUCCUCGUUGAA